AUUCUCCGUCACACUGCAGAGGGGAGCUAAUCAAUCAAUCAACCUCAGGAGCAAUUCGCCUCGUGACCCUGUGUGGCUUAAUUGAUUAUUAGUACAAAAUUUGUUGGUUUUGACGCCGGUGAGAGUCGGAAUGGAUGAAGAUUGUGAUUUAGAGGCAGAUUUUGACUGUCCAAGCCUACUGUGUGAGGAACUGGAGGAUUUGGAAGCAAAAAACGACCAAGGGAGGACACAGAUGAGGAGGAGGGAUGGAGAGGAGGAAGUGUUUAGUCAGGGUGAAGAUGAAGAGGCAGGAGAGGAGACAGAGCGAGAAGAGAAGGAGGGGGAGGCGGAGGAAGAAAAGAAAGUUGUUGUGUCAGAAAGGGAACUGAUAGCGACAGAGGGAGAAGAGGAGGAGCAGGUGAAGCCUGAGAGUAGGCCGGAGGCGGAGGAGGUGCAGAUGGGAAACAACACGAUUGAGAACAACAAUGAAACAAUCGCCGAUAAGCAAGAGGAUAAAGAAACACAUAGUUCAGAAGAGAAAGAUGAGCAGAAGAAGAGUAGGAAAAGACGAGGCAAGAAGCAAACAGAGCGAGUGAGAAACAAGAGAGGUUUAAAAGAUGUGAGCGACAGGUUUGAGGAGGAAAAGAAGAGUCAGACACAGGAAGUGUCGGCGAUGAGCUCAGAGGAGAGCUCAGCUCUGUCGGAGCCUCACGUUGGACUGAUGAACAGCUGUGACCUGUCCGACCCGAUCUACCUGGGCUGCGGUGGGACAGGGCUGUAUUGCCCCCCAGUUCCCAUCCCUCUGCUGUACUCUUCACAGCCCCCGGGCCCAAUCCAACCUGCACCUCCUCAGCCCCGCGGGACAAAAAGGCCUCACAGCCCCCCUCUUCUACCUCACAGUGUCCCCCAGCAGGGCCCACAGCCUCUCGAGAUGGAGAUAACCCAGGUCUACUCCACCCGGCGCUCCAUCCGCUACAGCACCAGAGGCCGAGGCCAGGCCCUGAGCUUCCCUCUGCUAUCCGGGUUAGAGACUGUGGACAGCUGCCUGCUGCCACCUGCUCGGAAGAAGAAAGCACGAACACUUUACAGUACUGAUCAGUUAGAGCACUUAGAGGCCCUGUUCCAGGAGGACCAUUAUCCUGACGCAGAGAAGAGGAAAGUCAUCGCUGCGUCAGUUGGUGUUACGCCUCAGAGGAUUAUGGUCUGGUUUCAGAACCGCAGGGCAAAGUGGAGGAAAGUGGAGCGCUCCACCACAGUCAAGGUUGAACACAGGCAGAGUAGGGCUGGAGGCAGUGUCAGCCCCCCACAACAUCAAAUCAACCCCACACUGCCCAACCUGGCAUCCAACAGUAAAGGAGCUCCCUCUUUUUCUGCUCACUUUGCCACUAAGCUGCCCCAGCUCGCCCCUGCUGCACCUUCUUUCCCCUCCCUGUCCGCUCACACGCCGCCCUCCUACGGCAGCCUCCUGGCAAGCCUCAACAGCCCAGGUCAAUCCAGAGUGAGAGAGGGGGGCCAGCACCCGCUUUCAUCUCAGGGGGGGUUGGCAGAGUACCACCCCCGCCCCAUGCACAGUCCUCCCCCACUGCGGAGAGCCAGCCUCCCCCUCUUCACAACGACCUACAACAAUGCCAACCCCACUCCACCUCUCCCCAAUACCCCGGUCCACACUCCACCUCUCUUCCUGGAUGCUCUUGAGGGCGGCUCCUCCUUGGCCCACCGGGACACGCAGUCUCUUCAGACUGACACUAGUUCUCUAUUUGAUUUUGGAGAGAAGCUCGACUAUCUGACGUCCAGCCAGCAGAACAACACUCUCUCCUACCAGCUCCAGACCUCCUACCCCAGCCAGCCGCAGCACCAACCUCAGGCAUCUCUGCCCCGCAUGGCCUAUCUCACCCCGUCUCCCUACCUCACUCCCAACCCUCCAGAUUCCAACCCCACCUCCUACCUGACCUUUGGCCCCGGAGGAAACUCCACCGGCGUGGUGACCUACUCCACUGGAGGCCACGCCUACUUCCAGUCCCAGAGCACAGGACAGAUCCUGCUGCAGUCCACUGGUCACCAUGGUGGCAUUACAGCGUACCAGUCGUACCCGUGGGGUAACACGUACAGUCAGCCAACCAUGCAUCAGCGUGCUCAGUGCCCCUCAAAUUACCCCCCUAACAUGGGGGCAGCUCGAGACCACCAGCCACCCUCCUCCACCACCUUACCUCCCCCUCCUUCAUUCUUCCCCCGGGGAGACCACGGGCCCACACACGCAAACCCCCAGCGCUCCUCACACACCCUGACACACACCACCAGCAGCACCACCACCGUCCUCCCACCUGUGUCCACCCUGCGGCCUUCUCGCCUCAGAGUGGACAGCGCUCCAACGAAGGUGGUGCCUCUGCUGCCAUCUCAGGUCAGCCUUGCCUCUCCAGAAAGCCCUCCAGUGCCCCCUUGUGUCAAGAUUGAGUACGACAGCCCUAGAGAGAUUCACAGCCACUUCCACUGCGACUUCUCCCCCAUACAUUUUUGACUGCAUGUUUGUUUGAACUAUAUUGUGUGUAAGUGUGAAUAUUUCUAUAUUUUCUAUUUGUAUAACUAUUAGCAUGUCUGCCAGUUCUCAGUAGAAAUAUUAAUGUCAGCAGGCUUGGUUGUGCUGCAUUAACAAGGCUGCAAUAAAUGCUCAUUGUUCUGUUAA